UGGCCGCUGUCAGAUGGAUUUUGGCCACACGAGAAGCUGCGCCGCCACACAGGGAGACGGUGCGUGCGGCGUCCCGGUGGAGAACCUCUUUGCUUUCUACAAAAUAAACCUAACUGCCGAGAGUCGAGGCGUCCAAGUGAGCGCUCCGGAAAUGUGCAUCCAUGGAAUGAGCAUAGUGAAACUGAGCGCACCUGAGGUUAGCAUCGCCGAAGCAAACAAGUCGCGGUGCUUCUACCUGGAAUGGAGCAUCCCCGGCGACGAGGUGCUGUCUGUGUUAGAGACGGAGUACGAGAUCCAGUUCCGCGAUGUGGCAGAAACGACUUGGAAGCAGGUCAAUUUCACAUCGUCUGAAAAUGCCCCUGGCUUCGCAAACAUCUGCCACGUCGCCCCCUUCACCAACUACUCUGUCCGAGUGAGGGCAAAAUACCUCCAUGAAGUUUCCUUCGCCAUCAGCGGUGAGCGUCCUUCCUGGAGUGACUGGAGCCGUGAGAGAUUUGUGAGGACCCUGUCUGAAGUUCCGUCGACAGGGCCAGCUCUUUGGAGAAAAUUAGGACACGCCGAUGGCUAUGGAAACAGAGUGGUCGUCCUCAUGUGGAAGCCCUUGACGCCAAAGGAGGCAAACGGCGAGAUUCUGGGAUACAGCCUUCACUCACAAAAGAGAGGGGAGCCCGCGAUGCUGCAAUGCUUCACUCCAGACCUACAGUGUAGCCUUCUCCUCCCGGCCGGAGAGGAAUUUACGUUCCUUGUGGUGGCCACCAACAUGGUGGGCAUGUCUCCUCCGACCAAACUCGUACUCCCACCAUCCGGCAGUCACGAAGCUCUGCUGUCCCCGCUGCCCAUCCUGGUGUCUCCUGCAGGGGACCACAGCCUCCUCUUACGCUGGCCCCUCCCAAGCAACCCGAUGACAGCCUACAUUUUCGAAUGGGGUCAACUACCCGCAAAAGAGGGCAGAGAUAUAUCCUGGCAUUAUCAGCCAGCGAGCGUUGGCCAUGCGCUCAUCACAGGGAGCCACUUGGAGCACAGGUGA